GAGGUGGACCUUUCCUUGGUGACAUACCCUCUGCUUCUGGCGACGUGGCUUCCCAGUCCGCUCACACACAGUCUACUGAGGGGGAGAUGGAGGUGGAGAUGGAGGUGGAGGGGCAGGACGAGGAGGCGGAGAGGGAGAUGGCGCCGAAGAAGUUGCGCAUUCGUGGUGAAGCGCAAGUCCCUGAUGAGAGGAGGGAGCCUACUAGCCAGGAUGCGAAAGCCCUCAUCAUCCCGAACGAAAAAGACAAUUGGACAUAUGACAAGGGGGUUCGCCAGCCGUCGAGCAUGAUUGGAGCUCUUAUUAGGCAGUAUUGGCCGGGCUUUUACACUCCGGUCCCCGGCGGCGAGAAGAAGCUAGCCGAGACUUGGGCGGACUAUGAGGCAGCUCCUUGCCCGGGCUUUGGGACAGCUUCUGACGCCGUGUACACCAAGUUUUGGACCCAUUAUAAGGUGCCUGAUGAUAUGGUUGAGCAAGGGAGGGCGGUACUGACUAGGGCUUGUCAGAGGUUGACAAGGCAACAGUGGUACAAUCAGAAGCAUACCUGCAUCGGGCACUUCAAGGCUGAGCAGGGCACGAGGGUCAAGAAAGCUGACAAUAUCAGGGACGAUCCUCAGCUGAUAAAGGAAGAUUACUUCAAGGUUAUGCCCCUAUGGUGUGAGAAUAAGGAAGACGCAUUUGAGGCCUUGGUAGCGAGGUGGGUUGGCGAAGACGCCGACUUCAACGCCAAGAGCGCGCGCAACAAGGCAAACCGGGGCACUGGAGGAACACACAGUGCGGGAAGCCGCAGCACUGAGCGCUACAGGAAGCACAAGGAGGCGGAACUCGGGGAGCCUCUCACCGAGGUGGGAGGGUGGCAGAAGAUGAAGCUGAAGCAGCCCGAUUUGAGCCAGCCUCAGCCCUCGCUGCCCGAGUACUUCGGCUAUGCCGAAGAGGAGUUGGAGAAGUACUGCUCGGUGUUCAAGGGUCUUCAUCCGGAGGUGGAUGAUCCUAUUGAGCAGGAGACCGACUUGACGGCGAUUAUGGUGGCGGGGAGCGGCGCGGAGCAUGGCCGCACGAAGCUUCUUAGUGGGGUGAUCAAGCCGCAGAGGACCCUCACGCAGAUCAGGUCUACCCUCACCACUGGCGACCCACCGGUCGCGCCUCCUCGACACCGUCGUACGGAUGCUCACUUUGAGGCCUCCUACGCGGCCGCUUAUGAGAACUAUUUGACGGUUGUAGCAGAGUGGGAACUCAAGAGAGCGGCUUGGGAAGAGUACCAGGAGGCGACGAGUCGUGCGGUCAGGACGUUCUUCUUGACUGGAGAGAGGAUCGCACUUCCGGCCGAGGAGCCAGCUAGGCCGGGGCCGACUCCAGUGUGCCCAUCGAGGGAAGCUUUCACGGCCACAUACUACGCACGGACUCCGGGCACGGGAAGUUCGCGGAACCGACCCUCUCCUGGUUCGUCGCGCGAGGGCACACCGAUGCACCCCGGCCGCCAUUCUCCCGGUGCUUCAGGUUUUUCUCCUGCUGGCGAUGGUUCAGGCCAUGGUUCUACUUCGGUCUACCUUGACAAAGGCCGGACGCCUGAAUUUACAAGUAGGGAACUUGGUUGGACCCCCUGA